ACAAAGCUACGACAUCAGUAUUGUUGCCCAGGUGGACCAGACGGGAUCAAAGUCCAGCAACCUCCUGGACUUGAAGAAUCCCUUUUUCAGGUACACAGGCACUACCCCCAACCCCCCUCCCGGCUCACACUACACCUCCCCGUCUGAGAACAUGUGGAACACGGGGGCCUACAGCAUGGGGCAGGGCAUGGCUGUAUCAGGGAUGCCUGCAGCUUAUGACCUCAGCACAGUCAUUGGCAGCGGCCCAUCAGUGUCUCACAACAACCUCAUCCCCCUGGGUACGAACCGCACUCCUCCUGACUUCUCUACAUCUAAUGUGAACACCGGCAUUGUAAACCACACCCACUCCAGGAUGGGCUCCAUCAUGAGCACAGGUAUUGUUCAGGGUACGUCUCCCUCGUCACUUUCUCAAAAACCCUUCAUUCUUGUUUGCAAUAC